AUGUCUUCCAGCAGCGACAUUUCGUUCCUCGGCAACUUCUCUUCUACACAUCCACACGCAGGAUCGCUUCUCACUCCGCGUCCGUUUGCGUCGCAACCUUCGGGCGAGACGAAGGAUGCGCUCAUCCAUAUUGCUAUAGCUCAAGUGCUUCCGGACGAAUCCGGUUUGCACGCUGAUGCAGAUGACGAGACGAAAGCUGGUUUGGAAAAGCUGGAGUUGUGGGCUUCAGCAGCAGCGGAGAAGGGAGCGGACGUCGUUGUAUUCCCAGAGUACUUUUUGAGCGGUGCUACGCAUGAUCUUUGGAGACGCGUGAGGGAAGCACAACGUCAACAAGCUGUUCGUGCUCAGCAGGAAGGAAGCAGCGAAAUGGACAAACAAGGGCCCAGCGCGAGCGAAGCGGAAGGAGGCGAAAAAGCGUGGAUCGAAAUCAUCAUUCAGGUUGCGCAAAAGUACGACAUUGAUAUCGUCGCUGGAACGGUGGUAGAGUUGGGCACGCAACCACAUGCACAGAUCCUGGCUGAUCAUCCUGUCUCCCAACUCGAGCAGCCAACAACAGAUGCUGUCGAUCAGCACGAUAAAAUCCCUCACCGACCCAAGAAGAAACACAAAGUUUCGACUGAAGCAGACGAGGAGCAGGAUCACGAGGACCAACUCUUCAACACAUCCUACUACAUCUCUCGUCGAGGUCAAGUGUUGCACCGCUACACAAAGCAGAACCUCUGGCACCCCGAACGUAAAACUCUUCUUCAUUCGCAACACCAAACCCAUCCCGAGCAGCAUGCCGGUCCUUCAUCCACGUUCGUCAUCGAGACAAAACGAGGCACGCGUCUGCGUGCAGCCAUGGCCAUCUGCUGGGACCUCGCCUGGUACUCGCGGUUCUACCAGAUGAUCUCUCCACCGUACGCGGCGGAUCAGGUUUCGGACCUGGAUAGAACCGGUCAGGCACCCGGUCCCGACGUCAUCUUCGCCCCCACGUGCUGGUACGCUUCCGACGGCGGUGCAAAGGCCUUGUUGUGGAACGGUGUCGGUGAAGCGCAGAUGUUGGAUACGCUGUGUUUGGCGAGAGCGGUCGAGCUGGAGGCUGUGCUGGUCAUGUGCAAUGUAUCCGGUCCAAAGUUGGAUGCGGGAAGGAUCGAAGAGGUGAGGAAUGCGUUGGAGCGUCAGCACGAUGAGGGUGUCAGCGAUGAGGAUCUGGAGGUCCCGCUGGUAGGGCUGGGAAGAAGUAGGAUCUGCGCUCCGUUCUUGAACGUCGUCGCCGAGGUGCCCGAUGAACGGCAGGUCAUGCUGUUGCAGUCGGUGGAUCUCAAUCUGCUCAUCGACGCCAGGGAGAUGUACCGCAUGCGGUACGAUCAUGCACAAAGGUGA